CUCUCCAGAACUCAUGUUUAAAUAUGGAUAUCCUUGACAAGGAAAAGAUUGUGAACAUAACAAAGAACUCCUUAAUUCAACUUAAUCAUGACAGGAGAUAUUACAGAAGUGACAUUGGACUUGGUGGAAUUAACACGUCGGAGAUAUUUAACUGGACCAUGGCUUCAGGAAAUUUAACUCAACUCACAAAAGGAGGAAGUUCAUUUUCCAUAGAAAAGAACUGGCCAGCUCUUCUAACAGUGACAGUCAUUGUGGUCACCAUUGCUGGCAAUAUAUUGGUCAUUAUGGCUGUGUCCCUGGAGAAAAAGCUACAGAAUGCCACUAAUUAUUUCCUAAUGUCCCUUGCCAUAGCUGAUAUGCUCCUGGGCUUUUUUGUCAUGCCCAUCUCUAUGUUAAAUGUACUAUAUGAUUAUGAAUGGCCUUUACAUAGAACACUUUGUCCUGUCUGGAUUUAUUUGGAUGUACUAUUCUCUACUGCUUCUAUCAUGCAUCUCUGUGCAAUUUCUCUGGAUCGGUAUAUUGCAAUACGAAAUCCCAUCCAUCACAGCCGCUUCAACUCAAGAACCAAGGCUUUCACCAAAAUAAUUGCUGUGUGGACUAUAUCUGUCGGUAUCUCCAUGCCAGUGCCUGUAUUUGGACUACAAGAUGACAGCAAAGUAUUCGACAAAGAAAACUGUUCUUUGGCAGAUGAGAAUUUUAUCAUUGUUGGAUCCUGUGUUGCAUUUUUUAUACCACUAAUCAUAAUGCUGAUUACUUACUUCUUAACAAUCAGAUCCCUCCAAAAAGAAGCUACCUUGUGUUUUAAUAAUCUCGGGGCAAAAAGUAAACUUGCUCUGUUUAGCUUCCUUCCACAAAGCUCAAUUUCUUCAGAAAAACUAUUUCAACGCUCUUUGCAGAAAGAACUUGCACCAUAUGGAAGAAGAACUAUGCAAUCUAUAAGCAAUGAGCAGAAAGCCUCAAAAGUCCUGGGUAUUGUAUUUUUCCUUUUUGUUGUGAUGUGGUGUCCAUUUUUCAUCACCAAUGUGAUGGCAGUAUUUUGCAAGGAAACCUGUAACCAGCAUGUGAUUGGAGAACUACUGAAAGUGUUUGUUUGGAUUGGCUACCUGUCAUCAGCUGUUAACCCACUGGUGUACACACUCUUUAACCAAACGUACAGAUCAGCAUUCUCACGUUAUAUUCAGUGUCGUUACAGGGAAGAAAAGAAGCCUUUGCAAUUAAUUUUAGUGAACACCAUUCCUGCUUUGGCUUACAACUCAAGCCAACUUCAGCUUGCCCAAAUGAAGAAUUUAAAAAAAGCAGCAAAAAUGAAGAGAAAUGACUAUUCGAUGGUUACUAUAGGAAUACCUCCUCUAGAUAAGACAUCCAAGACAGGUGUGGGAUCAACAAAUGAAAAUGUUAGUUGUUUGUAA